AUGGUACUUGGAGUUGCUAGUGAUAGGAAUGGGGGUGAUAGGAAUGGAGGUCGAGUUGCUAGUAAUGGGAAUGGAGGUGGGCUGAGGAUGAUGUACUAUAGUAAGAGUUGCCCUUUAGCUGAGAGCAUUGCAAGGGACAUCACAUGGAGCCAAGUUGCACUGAACCGUAGCUUGGCAGCUAAGUUGCUAAGGCUUCAUUACCAUGAUUGCUUUGUUAGGGGCUGUGAUGCAUCAAUACUAUUGGACUCAACCCAGAACAAUACAGCUGAGAAAGCAGCAUUGCCAAACCUAUCUCUUUCUGGAUAUGAUGUCAUUGAUGCCAUCAAGGAAAAACUUGAAGAAGCAUGCCCAGGAAUUGUGUCUUGUGCUGAUAUCGUUGCCUUGGCAGCUCGAGAUGCAGUUUCAUAUCAGUUCCAAAGACCGAUGUGGCCGGUUUUUAUUGGGAGAAAAGAUGGAAGAGUUUCACUUGCCUCUGAAGCGAAAAACGACUUGCCAUCACCCUUUUCUAACUUCCCCACACUUUUGCAAAAUUUUGCAAAUAAUGGACUAGAUAUUGUGGAUCUUGUGACCUUAUCAGGGGCACACACUAUUGGAGUCUCACAUUGUACUUUGGUGGCAAAAAGGCUCUACAAUUUCACUGGAAAGGGUGAUGCAGAUCCGUCCCUCAAUCCCGACUACGCCAACACUUUACGAACACUCUGCCCCAUUCCUAUCAACCCAACAACCACCAUUGAAAUGGACCCCCAUAGCUCACUCUCCUUUGACAGCCAUUACUUUAAAGCUGUGAACCAGCACAUGGGUCUUUUUCAAUCAGAUGCAGCAUUGCUCACCGACCCGCAUUCGGCUCAGAUAGCUCGUUUGCUGCAGCAACCCCCUUUUUUCUUUGCUAGCUUUGCUCAAUCAAUGGUGAAAAUGGGUGCCAUUGAAAUACUUACAGGAGGCAAUGGCGAGGUUGUAGUGGCAGAAUUUAAAGUUUCGAUGCAUUGUAACGGAUGUGAAAGAACGGUUGUCAAAGCCAUCUCCAAAAUGAAAGGGGUUGAGAAGUUCAUGACUGAUAUGACCAAACACAAAGUGGUAGUAACUGGCCGGAUCAAUCCAGAGAAAGUCUUGAAGAAACUUAAGAAGAAAACAGGAAAGAGAGCAGAGAUUGUGAUUAAUAAAGAAGACCCUAAAAAUGAUGCAAAAGAAGAAGAUUCUGCAUUGCAAGGAACUUCAAAGCAAGUCGCAGAUUGCUUAGUGUUUGAUUAUUUUGGAGACUGCCUAGUUUAUACCAUGUUCAGCGAUGAGAAUCCAAAUGCUUGCUCAAUAAUGUAG